CUCUCCCUCUUUCUCUAUUAUAUAUAUGCAGACUUUGCCCCAAUUUGGGUGGACGAUGCUGAUGUUUGGGACUCAUCCCUCCCCUGGUGAUGGUGGCUGUUUACUUGCCUCAUGGAAAGUUUGAACUUCAGAACUUCCCUAAACAUGAGUAAACAGACACUACUCCAUCAAAUAGGUACCCUUGGAAAUGCUUCCCUAUCCUAUGCCAAAUCCCAUGUUAUAGGAUCAGAAGCCACACCAAUGGUUAUGGAGGGAAAGAGUCUCCAUCAGCGUUGUUCUUCCGAAAGCUUUCUCUUAGAGCAACCAUCUUGGCUCGACGAUCUCCUUAAUGAGCCGGAGACACUAGUGCACAGAGGUCACCGACGUUCAUCAAGUGACUCUUCUACAUACUUAGGCCCAGUAGCCAAGUUAUUUGAUUCUGUUAGUGGACCUUGUUGGGGGUUUCAGAUUUCGGUUAAUGACAAGAAUCCAUGGUACAAAAUGCCAACUUCAUCUCAUAAACUACAUAAUAACGUAAGUGAGUCAUCCUUUAAUUCUGGGAUAUGCACAACUGGCCUUUCAUCUGCUCCAAAGGAAUCAGAAUGGUUGUCAACUGGUGCCUUCAAAGAUUCUGGUUAUGAAAGCCUUGGAGGCUCCAGUGAAAGCACUAGUGGUCAUCAAAUUAAGAAUUCUGUGUCCAAGACAGAGGCAAAACGCACCAAACAGCCGUCAACUCACCGGUCACGAAUCAGGAAACUUCAAUACAUAGCUGAUCUAGAAAGGAAUAUGCAAGCUUUACAGGCUGAUGUAUUUGAAUUCUCAACAGCACUUGAAUUUCUUGACCAGCACAAUACUAUAAUGAGAAUGGAGAAUCGAGUACUAAAGCAGCGUUUGGACAAAUUAGCUCAGGAACACGUGAGAAAAACAGUGGAGAUGGAGAUGCUACAGAGAGAAAUUGCGAGGUUUCAAAUGGUGUACCAGCUUCAGCAGCAACAACAAAGCCAAAACAACAGUAGGGAACUUGAUGGCCAAUUUGCAAGCCUCCCUCUUACAAACUAGGCAGCCGGUGUCGACUGUGGUUCAAUUUUUUUGUAGAUCUUAUCUAAAUCUCUGUGUAUCACUGUUAUUCAUUUUUUGUGUUUCAUUAUC